AUUGGUUAACUUUGAAAUCUCACCAUUUCUUUCUCACCUCUUGUUUACCAUCUCACUCUGUCAAGGGUCAGGCCAAUGAUCCUUUUUUUCGGUUGUUACCAAUCUACCUUUGUGUAUAAAUUGUUGGCUUUCAUGAAAAUUUUUUCAUUCUUCAUUACACUUUAAUCAAGUAAACAUUCAACUGUUAGGACAUCUUUCCAUACAUUUCAACCUGUGUUAACAUUAAAAUAACUCAAAAUGGUUAAAGUUACUUUGUUCGCUUUCCUUUUCUCAGUCCUCUUGAUAGCAACUGUUUAUGCCGCUCGAGGUGGAUACAAUGGAGGUGGAGGAUAUCAUGGAAACCGAGGUGGUGGACAUCACGGUGGUGGAGGACACCAUGGCGGUGGUGGAUAUCACGGCAACCAAGGUGGUUAUGGUCACGGCGGCCAAGGUGGUUACGGUCAUGGCAACCAAGGUGGCUACGGUCAUAAUGGUGGUUAUGGUGGACACCGUGGAUGAAUUUAUACGGUUCAUUAAUGUGCUAAAAAAGAUGAGAAUGGUCAACAAUGGAUUGACCACUUUUUGACAAAAAUAACCUGUUCAUGUUAUUGACUUACCUUACAGUGGUACAAAAUACCUGUGCUUGAAAAAUUUUGCCUUUCAUCAAUUUUAAUUUCACCAUCGCAUUCAAAAUCCCACCUCAUUUUUUUACGACACUUUUGUCUCAAAACAAUAAACUCAAACAAAAUGACAAA